GUUCAGCCCUGCUUGUCUGACAGCGAGCAAAAUUUUAACUCCGCGACGAAAUAAGGAAAAAAACGCAGCUGGGGACGACCCAGAAGUAGCUUUGAAAAUCUCUGUGAUUCCGUACUGGGGGAUGCUCACUUGGGGGUGAUUGUGAAGCCCUACUCCCUGGAAAGUCUGGACACAGUGAAAAGUUAACCAAAUAAUCCCUGGAAAGGCGUGAAAAGUGUGUGAAAAGUUGCAAAAAGGGGUGGAGGGUGUCUUCCUGGUUUUUCUUCGGGGGGUUUUCUGUCUGUGUGCCUCCCCGGGGGGAUUUCUGGCGUCCCCAGGAGUGGCUUCUAGUAGCUCUGGGGCUCCACAAAAUGGACUAAAAGUCUGUCUGAGUGGGUGAGUGAGAUUUUUCGCGCUUUAUCGCUAAAUUUUUGGGACAAGUGAGUGAUGGUGGUGUGGAGUAAUUCGAGACUUGUGCGGAUUCUCCUUGUGGGGGAUCCCGGGGUGGGGAAAACAUCGUUGAUUCUGUCGCUUGUGAGUGAGGAGUUCCCAGAGGAUGUGCCCCCAAAGGCGGAGGAGAUCACAAUUCCGGCGGAUGUCACUCCCGAACAGGUGCCCACGAAUAUCGUCGAUUUCUCAGCUGCCGAACAAACGGAAGAUGCGCUGGCGGAUGAAAUUGCAAGAGCCUCUGUGGUUUGUGUGGUUUACUCCGUCGAGGACGACACAACCAUUGACCGCAUCUCCUCCCACUGGCUCCCCUUGAUCCGGGAGAGUAUGCCCAUUGAUCAGAAGAAGCCCGUUGUCCUUGUGGGCAACAAAGUGGACCUCGUGGAUUUCUCCACAAUCGACCAAGUAUUGUCCAUCAUGGAAGAAUACCCGGAAGUGGAGAGUUGCGUUGAGUGCUCCGCCAAGACGCUGCAGAACAUCUCUGAAAUGUUCUAUUACGCACAAAAGGCUGUUUUGCAUCCAACGGCACCACUCUACAGCAUAGAAGAUCAUGAUCUCACAAAUGAUUGCAAGAAAGCCCUCGUGAGGAUCUUCAAGGUGUGCGACAUCGAUGGGGAUGGCCUAUUGAAUGACUACGAGCUCAAUCACUUCCAGCGACGUUGCUUCAAUGCGCCGCUGCAGCCUCAGGUGCUGGAUGAGGUGAAGGCUGUGUUGAUCAAGAACAUCCCCGAUGGUAUUCGUCAUGACGCCGUAACGCUCAAGGGGUUCCUCUACCUGCACUGCUUGUUCAUUCAGCGUGGACGGAAUGAGACAACGUGGGCUGUUCUUCGGCGGUUCGGCUACAACGAACACCUCGAAAUGUCCAAGGAGUACUUGCAUCCGGCUGUGAAGGUCCCUCCCGGCAGCAGUACGGAGCUCUCCCAUCGUGGUCAGCAAUUCCUCACGGCUCUCUUUGAGCGGAGUGAUCGCGAUGGGGAUGGAGCCUUGUCGCCGGAGGAGUUUAAGAAUUUGUUUAGCGCCUGCCCCAAUGUGCCGUGGAUGUCGGACGUUAAGUGGACGGUAUCGACGAAUGACAAUGGCUUCCUCACGUUGCACGGAUGGAUCUCCCGGUGGGCUCUAAUGACGCUCGUUGAUCUCCCCAAGACGCUGGAAUAUCUCGCCUAUUUGGGCUUCAAUGUGCACGAGAAUGAGUCCCAAUUGGCGGCCAUUCAUGUCACGCGCGAGCGAAGGUUGGACUUUGCCAAGAAGCAGAGUAGUCGCUCUGUCUACGUAUGCCACGUGAUUGGGCAGAAGGGGUCCGGGAAGACAGCCCUCUGCCGUGCCUUCAUCUACGACGACAUGAAGAAAAUCACAGAAAAGGACCUCCGGAGUGGUGUCCAGCACUGCAUAAACGUCGUUCAGGUGUACGGGCAGGAGAAGCAUCUCGUUCUCCGGGACAUUGACGUGCGGCAGGUGCUGGAUCCCCUACAACCGAAUGAGGUGCACUGUGAUGUUUCCUGUCUAGUCUACGACGUGAGCAAUCCCAAUUCCUUUGAGUACAUCGCCCGGAUCUACAUUAAGUACUUUGCUGAGAGCAAAAUACCCGUUUUGAUUGUUGGCACAAAGGGGGAUUUGCUGGAAGUCCCGCAGAAUUAUCUCCUCCAACCAACGGAGUUCUGCAGCAAGUACAAAAUACUGCCACCGCAAAUUUUCAGCGUCAGGGAUAACAAGAAGGACCUCUUCACGAAACUUGCCACAAUGGCGGCAUUCCCUCGCUUCCAAGCGGCUUGGAUCCUCUUUUACAAGCACAGGUUGGUACAGCUGUGGGAGACCACUCCCCUCCGGCGUGUCGUGAAUUUCCUUUUUAUGAGUCCCAACACAUCGAUGACUUGGCCCCAACCUUUUAACGUCAACAGACACUUGAAGCACUUUGGCCUCACCCCGGAAGAUCCUUUGGUGUGGUGGAAGGCCGGUCUGGGUAUUGCUGCCAUCACCGUUGUGGGUUGGUACGUUGUUCGGGCUUUUCAGCGGAACCCCUCGAGCACCUACAGCAGCCGGUGAAUUGCGUGACUGGAGAGAGAGAGAGAGUUUGUAAAUAAGAAGAAAAUUUUUUGAAUUUUGAGCACGAGGAUUUCCCAGCGUGCAAUCCAGGAUGUGGAAAAUAUUUCUCAAUAAUCGACGCCACGUAGUCAUUAGUCAGUAAUUUUUAGAUUAAAUAAAUUCAUUGGAAUCAAGAGAGGAUGAGCUUGACCUCUGGAGCAGCGCAUAAAAAUGAUAAUCUUGUAAAUAUUUUACUUUCAAUCCGUAGUCUUCAAGCUUCUCCAUUCUCAAGUUUUUUUUUUUGUUUUAUCGCCACAAGUUUUUUUCUUUUGUUUUUAUUAAAAAAAAAAAGAAGAGUCAAUGAAGUUCUUGUAAUAGUCGUCAUGAGUAGAUGAUGGUGUAGUUCAGAAGAUAAGAGCGGGAGAUGAUAAAUAAAGGAAGAAAAAUAAAUUGAAGUAAAUUGAAAAUUUCAAGAAAAAAAAA